UUUGAUGGAGGGGGAAACGAGAAGAUCGAACUAACGAAACGCCCCUUCCAAUCCAAUACUCCAAUGUUCGCGCACCUAGGUUAGAUUUAUUUUAUGCCUCUAAUUGUAAGGAGGACGACGUUUCAUUCAGUUAUGGCGGAAAAUGUUUUCAUCCUGUGAUGAAUACUAAGUUAAUGAUUGUGUCGGUUUUAUCGACUUGGCCGAUCGCGCUGACCUGAAGAACGAGUCCCGAUUUGGUUUGACAGUUCAGCACUUAUAAAUAUUAUCGUAUAAUCAUGGAUACGCGUGGCAUCGAAGUCACGAAUCAACUUCGAAGCGCCAUUCGCGCCAAACUCAAUGAAUUAGGUGUGCGCUACGAUGAGGAACUGCCAGAUUACAUAUUGGUGAUGGUGGUCAACAAGAAAUCCCGUCAACAGAUGCACGAUGAUCUGAAUCUGUUUCUAGAAGACUGCACAACUAUAUUUGUAGACUGGCUGCACGAUCAAGUGCUAAAGAAACUGCAAAAAGUCACUGUGGCGAAGAAGAAGUCAUCCCGUGAAUUUGUACCUACAGUGGUGGUGAAACAGGAGGAGGAGAGAAAGAAACGAAAACUAUCUGCGACCUCGUUUCUAGAGGAUCAGGCUGUGGAACAGUCUACUGUCGACAAGUCGUCAGAUAAGAACUCAAAGAACGAUAAACCAUCACAAUCUGUGCAAAAGCAACAGACAGUAAAACCUUCUGUAUCUUCCAAUCAAAACUCAGAACAGAGUUUUAACAAGGGUGUGGAGAAAAACGCGAGGAACGUUGUACAAAGCAACAAAAAUAAAACGGACGAGGUGUCGACACAAGAGUCUAUCUCCUCGAACAGACUGCAACAGGAUUUCGAGCGCGACGAAAACGCGAUUACUGAAGAAAAUUCUGUCCUGAAGACCGCGGAUCAGAGAUCUAACGAGACACCGGGUAAUAAAAGCUUGAAGAGAUCUCUUGAAACUUCUAAUAGUCGUCAGGACAGCGUCGAGAAGAAAGACAACGAGGUGAAGCGACCAAAAUCCUCCGAAGAGGAGGAAAAGAAGGAAGCGUCAACAUCACCGGACACAAUUUCUAAAAAGUUGAAGUCCUGCGUGAACAAACCAAAGAUCACAUCCGUUGUGUCGGUGAAGAACCGACUCGGCAUAGUUUCCCCGCGGAAGAAGUUCGAGGUCUACAGGGAAAAGGAAGGGAACAAUCGUUCUCGUCCGCUGGAGAAGCGAUUCGACAAGUAUCGUUACGACAAUGAGCGCGGCAAAAGUAGCAGAAAUUUCGAAGCGGACGAUCGAACUUUGCGACGAAACCGCGACGGCGAGUCCUCGCGUCAUCACGAACAGCUGACGACCAGAUCGAAUGACGUGAGGAGUCGAAUAGAGAGCAACAAGAACGAGAGACUGAACAAAAACGCGACAGAAUCCAGGGAGAGGAUCCUGAAUACCGGUUCUUCCAAAACUGACGCAUUUGCCACGAGAAAGAUUACAUCUACCGUGAAGGAUCGUCUGGGUAUCGCGGGUAUCGUCAAUAAUAAAACACAGAAGCAGUCUGUAAAGUCGCAAGAGACGGAUUACUGGAACAGCUCGAGGAAUCCAGAACAAAUCGGCAACAACAAUAAGAAUAUCAAGGACAGACUAGGUCCGGUAAGGACCAACUUUAGGCCGGUGCAUAAAACUAGACAGUCUCGCGAUAGCGAGGACGACGCAUCUAUGAAUCUUGGCGCCGAAGAGGACGAUGCAGAGGUAGAAGAAGAGGACGACGAGCUGGACAAUGCCGCUCAGUCGUUGACGGGUCCUGUGAAAUCGCACAUAGUCGCCGUGAACAGGUCUGCAUCGUCCGUCAGGAUCGAAAGGAAACGAUCGAAACCCACGAACGAAGUUCCGAUUCAAUACUUCAGUUUUGGAAGCGCGAAAUCGCAGCCGGAUAAGAUGGACAGAGGAGAGUCCAGCGAUGCGGAUGACGUAAACGUCGAGGACACGAGGCUGCCGAGCAAAGUAAUCGUCACACCUAGACCCUUGAAGCCGCUGCAACCGACGCAGAAGCGAGCCACGCAGUCGCUUCUAUUAAGAGCGGUCGCAGAGGCGAAUCAGUCCGUUGUCACGCAAAAAAAUCCGGAACCGUCCCUGUUGGACAAGAAGCCGGUCUUAAAACGUCUUAAGCCUACUCCAGCUCGUGAUGUAAGUCAAAACUUGUCGGUACAUUUUAAUUCUAAUAAGAGACUGGUCAUGGAAAAGAUUCAAGUCGAAUUAAACACGGUAGAUAAUCUGGAGACGGAAGACGUCGAACCUUACGUGCCUCAGGCGGUGACGGACGAGCAUAUGGGAGUUGUGAUGUCGUUGUUCCAAAGGAGCGACGACAAUCAGAAGUUUCUGGUCACUCUGAACGGAUACAACAACAAUCUGAAGGAGAAGAUCAGCUCCGAGGAGGACGACGAGCGACUGGAGAUGGAGGUGAACGAGGACGACGAGCUCGCGCUGUUGACGACGCAUAGCGAGGCGUACGUAGCGACGACGACGACAUCGACGUCGGCGCUUGCACCUACAUCGACGAUGAUCGACUUGGAAGCAGGCGCGUUCAGAAUAACGGAGGACGACGCGGAAGACGUCAGUCCGAAGGAAACGAGCGGAGAGGAGAACAAUGAGAACUGCAAUACGGAGAAUAUGGAUAAGACUGACGAGAUGCCGCGAAGACGCAGAAAAUUGAGUCCUAUAAUAUAUAACAGAUCUCAGUCACCGAGUCCCACGCGGUUGAAAUCUACCGCUUCGUUAUUGCCGACGCUAGUCACCAAACUUAUGGAUAAGAAACCGGAAAGUACAAGCGUAACUGUACCAGAUAAAUCUAGGGAGAACUGUAGAUACUGGCCAAAUUGUACACUAGGAAACAAAUGCGCAUACCUUCAUCCUCCUCUUAUGUGCAGUGCCUUUCCAGCGUGCAAGUUCGGGGACAAGUGCGCCUACAAGCAUCCCAAGUGCAAGUUUGGUUUAUCUUGCACGAAGUUGGGCUGCGUGUUUUCUCAUCCCGCUCAGCAGUGCAAGUACCAUCCGUUUUGCACAAAACCAGCAUGUCCAUACUCUCAUCCGGCUACUUCCACUCCGACAACGGAAGCGACGAAUCAGCGGGCAAAGUUUACUUGGCGACGGCGAGAUUGAGCGAAUCUUGUCGUACAUUGUUCUAUCGAGAAAUAAUCGAGUUUUAAAUCGCAAAAAAUUACUUUGUAUAGGUCGACGAUAAGACACGUACCUCAUGCAAAUUUCAAAUGUUGACGCGAGAUUGUCGUAUCGAAAUUACUGAAUUGACUUCAUUAUUGAAGAAUGUUAGUGAAGAAUGUAUCUGGAAAAAAUUAUGAAGGUUUUAGUCAUGAUUUAUUAUAUCGGAUCAUAGUUUCUAACUUUCCUCUGGUGAUGUUUAAUGUGAAAUAGAGAGAGAGACAGAGAAAGAAGAAAUCAUACAAUCUUUAAAGCGUUUAAUUUUAAUUAAAGCAAAUUAAAAUUACUUGUUAAAGCUUUAAUUUGUAAUUUAGGAUACAUUAAGUUGUUGAUUUACUUCCCUCUUAUUCAUCUAUUUUCGUAAAUAAUAAGCUCGCGCGUAUGCGUCGUCAGUCCGUAUUGGACGAUCUGCUGCCAUUUUUAGAUUAUAGUUCUAUGUAUGAUGUACUGAAGAGGAAAGAUGUAGCUUAGUUUUAAACAUGGCUAAUCGACAUUGAUUCUAUCAGCUUUAGGAUGAUUCUAAGAUUCCUUCUUUCAUAACGCAAGAUACAUCUUGCCGCAACAAUUUGAUUUAUUACGUGUAUUAUAUAGUGAACACCGCGUGAAUAUGCUCGAGAAUGUGUCGCCAAUUGUGCGCUUCUAAGUAUAUUGUCAAAUGUAUACACAUACACACACACACAAUAAAAUCUGAAGAUAGGAAAUAUGAGAAGGAAAGAUUCAAUGUUUCAAAAAUAAAACUAAUUUAUAGAAAAUAAUUAUGCAUUUGCUUUUGAUAAUGAUAUGUCUCAAUAAUAUUAUAAAUCUGAUGCGCGACAGCUUUCCAUUGUGUUAUGAAUAAUACAGAACCUCUUUUGCUUUCUAUGAUUUUAUACAAUUUGUGUAAAAUUAAAUAAAUGUGUUGGAAUAUCAAAGUAUUUGGCUUUUAUGAUGCUAGUUUUAUUCUUGAAACUUUAUCUUUUUCACACACAUUUCAUUUUCAAAUUAUAUUUUCUACAUAUACAUAUUUUAUAGAUAUAUUUAAUGAAUUAAGCUCUAUCAAUAUCUAGAAUGAUAUCAAUUGCUCGAUAGAAAAAUUGUUAUAAUUAUCUUUCAUUAUUCUCUUCUUUUUUCUAUCUAAAGCAUCAAUCAUCAAUUUAAUAGUAAUCAGCAUUGACUGAAACUAGAGGAUGAUACUCAUAGAUACUUCUUGUCACGGUUGACAAUUCCUAUAAAAAAAAAUAUGAAUGCUUGGUCUAGAUAUAUAUAUAUAUAUAUAUAUAUUGUUACAAAAAUUUACUUUUACUCAUUUUGGGCUAUGGCAAAUCUCUUUUUUUGAAAAUAUUUAUAAUUAAAAGUAUAAAUCAGUCAUCUUCACCAGAAUGAAGAAAAGCAUGGUAAAAGCUGGAUAUUUUGAUAUUUGACCAUGUUUAUGUAAUUGAUACGAAUUGUAUAGAACCGUAAGAGUGAUUUUGUUAUUAUUUAUCUAGUGCUAAUAAAUUAUUGUGCAUCAGGCGCAUAAUAUUAAUUGAGACCUGUUAUUAUUAGAAGCAAAAAUAUAUAAUGAUUUCUGUAAAUUGUAA